GAGGCAGCGGCGGUGGCGCGCGCCCGGGGAACCACCCGGCGCCGGGACCCGCCCCCCGAGCAGGCGGGCGGGAGGCGGGGCCGCGGCGGGCGGCGGGCUGCGCCUCGCGGGCCUCGGCGCUCGCAGACGCUCGGGGAACAUGGCGGCGGCGGAGCCGGCGGUCCCGGCCAUCCCCGGCAGCGCGGGCACGCCGUCGGGCGCGGUCCCCGUGCUCUUCUGCUUCUCGGUGUUCGCGCGGCCCUCGUCCGUGCCGCACGGCGCGGGCUACGAGCUUCUCAUCCAGAAGUUCCUCAGCCUGUACGGCGACCAGAUCGACAUGCACCGCAAAUUCGUCGUGCAGCUCUUCGCGGAGGAGUGGGGCCAGUAUGUGGACCUGCCCAAGGGCUUCGCGGUGAGCGAGCGCUGCAAGGUGCGCCUGGUGCCGCUGCAGAUCCAGCUCACUACCCUGGGAAAUCUCACUCCUGCCAGCACUGUGUUUUUCUGCUGUGAUAUGCAGGAAAGGUUCAGACCAGCCAUCAAGUAUUUUGGGGAUAUUAUUAGUGUGGGACAAAGACUGUUACAGGGGGCCCGGAUUUUAGGAAUUCCUGUUAUUGUAACAGAGCAGUAUCCCAAAGGUCUUGGAAGCACUGUUCAAGAAAUAGAUUUAACAGGUGUGAAACUGGUACUUCCGAAGACCAAGUUUUCAAUGGUGUUACCAGAAGUAGAAGCAGCAUUAGCUGAGAUUCCUGGAGUCAGGAGUGUUGUGUUAUUUGGAGUAGAAACUCAUGUGUGUAUCCAGCAAACAGCUCUGGAGCUGGUUGGCCGUGGUAUUGAGGUUCAUAUCGUUGCUGACGCCACCUCCUCGAGAAGCAUGAUGGACAGGAUGUUUGCUCUUGAGCGUCUUGCUCGAACUGGGAUCAUAGUGACUACGAGUGAGGCUGUCCUGCUGCAGCUGGUGGCUGACAAAGACCACCCCAAAUUCAAGGAAGUUCAGAAUCUGAUUAAGGCGAGCGCUCCAGAGUCGGGCCUGCUUUCCAAAGUAUAGGACGCUUGAAGGACUGGUAUGCUGCCCCCCGUCAGGUGACAGGACUGUAAGCCAGACAGGCUCUUGUUGCUCGUGGAAUUAAUGUGUUAGACUCAAAUUGGCUCCUUUUCUGUGCCCCUUAGUGAAAAUAGAACCUAACCCAUUAGACCAUUUGGGUACCAGCAUUUAGUUACAACUGUCCGAGGCUUCAGGGGCUGCUUUCCUUCUUUUGUUAAUGUGCUUUUAUUUAUUUAAAAAAAAAUUGCAACAGAGGUUCCUGUUGUGUCUAUACUGUGUACACUGAUCGUAACUUGCUAGAGUGCGUGCUCUGGUGACGUUUUCUUAAACUGCACACCGUCAGGGCAGGCACACCAAUCGUGGGCAGACACUCAUGUCAGUAUCACUCAUAUGUUAUCAUGUUUGUGUGGACUUAGUGCUUUUGUUUACAGGUUGCUUGAAACAGGAGUAUGAGAUGGGAAUUUAAAAGCAGGACUCUGGACUCUGUGACCCGUCUCCUUGCACAAUGCAGGCAACUGCCUUGUUCUCACCAGAUGAAAUUAUAUUGAUGAAUUAUGUAUCUUUCUUGUUUAUGCUAAUUUUCCUGUUCUGGUCACCAUCAUUCUCUGUUAAUGUUCUCCUUUUUAGCUGAAGCUUUUAGCUAGAGACUCACGGGGUCAUUGACUAUUUUAAUUUAUAGACAGAUGGGAUGAUUCGCAAUGCCAUAUAAUUGGUGGAGGGCUGUUAUAAAAUGUUUGAAGUAUUUCUCUGGCUGAAGAGCUGGACAACUGUCUUAAGAACAUCUAAUACGCACUAGAUUUAGCAGAGAGUUGAAUAAAAUGUAGUUCUAAACCAUCCAUAUUCUUUGAUAUUUUUCUCUACCUACCUUCCAAAUACUACAGUUAAUACAAAAAGAAAGCAUGAGUAAUGAUCUGGUAGUGUUAGUUUUGUAGUCAUUGCUACCGUUCAAUAAAUUUAUUUUCAUUCAAUACUUAUUAAGAUGGUUUUAAAACUUUUUUAAAAAUAUGUGAAUAUGGAACAUUGCCGUCUUUUAUAUUAAAGUCAUUGAAGAAAAUGUA